AUGGGCAGCCUUUUGGACACACCUGGGACAGGAAGUGGAGCCCCUGGCUGUGUGGAGGCUUGGGAACACUCCGUGGGUAUCAUUUGCUUUCGCAGUCUCCAAAGACUGGCAGAAGAUGUGUCCGACCAGUUUGCCCAAGAAAUACAGCAGGCACUUACUGGAAAGCCCGCAGAGCAAGCUCGGGCUGCAGCUGGGCAGUUACUUCGGUGGAAGGGUGACACAGAUCAGGAUGGCUACCUGCUCCUGAAGUCAGUGUAUGUGCUCACCGGGACAGACUCGGAGACACUGGGCAGGGUGAUUGAAUCGGGGCUUCCAGCCCUUCUCCUGCAGUGUCUGUACCUCUUCUUUGCAUUUCCUGUGGAAAAAGAUGAGCUUUUAGAGAGCGACGUUCAAGGGCAGAGGAUGUUUGUGCAGAUGUUGUUAAACAUUUGCAGCGAGUCUCCAAGUCUGGAGGGACUCCUUUCAGGAAGCGAGCUUCAGUCUCUCCUGAUUGCAACCACCUGUCUGCGGGAACACAGCUGCUACUUCUGGAAAGAGCCUACCUUCUGUGUGCUGAGGGCUAUCUCCAAGGCUCAGAGCCCUAACAUCAUCCAAUAUCUUCGAACUGCUGACUGUGUCCGGCUCUCCGUUCAGAACCUCUCCAAGUUGGCCGACACUCUCCCUGCGCCCGAGGUGAGCGAGGCUGUGAGCCUUAUCCUGACCUUCGUGAAAGACUCCUAUCCUGUCUCCUCUGCGCUGCUCCUGGAGUUUGAGAACGGGGAGGGCUAUCCUCUGCUACUCAAAGUACUGUUGCGGUAUGAUGGGCUGACCCAGGGUGAAGAGGAACCCAAUCUGGAGGAGCUUGUGGAGCUGGUGAUGUGGCUGACCACCUGUGGGAGGUCAGAACUGAAGGUGUUUGACAGUGUCACUUAUCCUCAGCUUGAAGGCUUCAAGUUCCAUCACGAGGCUUCUGGGGUGACUGUUAAGAAUCUGCAGGCCUUCCAGGUCCUGCAGAAUGUUUUCCACAGAGCCAGUGACCCGGUCCUUUGCACCAAAGUGCUUUUGGCCAUCAAGACCAUGUGGGCCUGGAACCCUCGGAAUUUUUUCCUGCUGGAGUGGACCCUGCAACCCAUCUCACAGUUUGUAGAGAUCAUGCCCCUGAAGCCAACUCCAGUGCAGGAGCACUUUUUCCAGCUGUUGGAGACUCUGGUGUUCAAGCUUCUCUACGUGCCCCAUGAGAUCCUGGCUAAAGUGCAGCGUCUGAUCAAGGAGAGCCCUGAGCUGUCUUGCACCCUUGUGGCCUUGCAGAGCAUCCUCAGGAUCACGGCCAGUGACCGGCUUUUCACAGACAUCUUCCGGGAUUCAGGACUACUAGGCCUGCUGCUAGCCCAGCUCCGGAAACAGGCCAAGAUCAUGAGGAAGUCAGGAAACAAAGAGCCCAGUCCUGGUGUGCAGGAUCCAGAGCGGGAACUCACCUGCGUGAUGCUCAACAUUGUGGUCAGACUUCUGCAAGGCUCUGUCCGCAAUGCAGUUGUCCUGAAAGAUCAUGGCAUGGUGCCCUUCAUCAAGAUCUUCCUGGACGAUGCGUGCUACCGAGGGGCCUCGCUCAGCAUCUUGGAACAGCUGUCAGUCAUCAAUGCAGAGGAGUACAUGAGCAUCAUUGUAGGUGCCUUGUGUUCAUCCACCCAGGGUGAGCUGCAGCUGAAGCUGGAUCUUCUCAAGUCUCUACUCCGGAUCCUGGAGACCCCCAAGGGCCAUGCUGCAUUCCGAGUCUCCAGUGGCUUCAAUGGACUGCUGUCCCUGCUUUCCGAUCUCGAAGGGUCCCUCCAAGUGCCUGCGGUGCCAACAUGGGGUGCUGUGUCCCCCAGACAGACCCUGGAGCUGGUGUUGCAUACCCUUUGUGUGGUGUCCGCUGCCCUGCACUUGGACCCGGUCAACGGGCACUUCUUCAGGAGCAAUGGGCUCUUUGAGAAACUGGCCGAGGACCUCUGUCUGCUGGGCUGUUUUGGAGCCCCAGAGGAGGAAGGUGCCCACCAGCUCACCUCAUCAGACAUGAAGACCAGGCCCUUCAUGGAUUUGCUGAGCUGUGCCUUUUCCUCCAGCUGCCCGUUCCCACCCAGGGUGCAGAGCUGCCUGCAGAUCCUCAGCUUCCUAGACAGCAUGGCCAGUGGCACCCUCCACCUCCGCACGGACCUGAUGGAGCCAGCCAGUGCGAGGCAGGAGCCUUCUGUGGAUGCUCAAAAGGGAGAUGCCAGUGGCCGCCAAGGCCACCCCAAGCAGUGGCCGGACCUGGAGGAGAGGAUGGAUGAGGGUGACGUCAUGAUCAUGCAUCCUGGGAUCAUAUGCAUCAUGGUGAGACUGCUGCCACGCCUGUACCUUGACGAUCACCCGCAGCUUUCUGAGGAGAUCCAGUGCUCUCUGGCCAGCCACCUCUUGUCCUUGGUGAAAUCAGAGAAGAACCGCCAGGUCAUGUGUGAGGCAGGGAUGCUCCGCACACUCAUGACCUUUUGCCGCAGGACCCUCAGCACGGGUGGCAGUGUCCUGCACUCGCAGCUCGUCAGGAUCUUUGAAAAGCUCGGUUCCCAAGCCAUUGAGCCCGAUGUGCUAAGGCAGUUCCUAGGCCUUGGAAUUCACCCACCUCAGCCAGCUCCCAGGAAAAGCCUCUGUUCCUCUCCCGGGCAUGAAGACGACCCUGGGUACUCAGGGUCAUGUGAAGAGACCGCUGAGAAACCUACAGAUGCCAGCCCAUACCCUGGAGGGUCUCAGGACCUCAGGUCCUCAUGCACCUCCCAAGAUUCGGCCACAGCCCUCCAGACAACACUGAGCCUCAUCUCCAUGACCUCCCCUCGUAAUCUGCAGCCUCAGAGGGCAGCCCUGACUCCGUCGUUUGUGGAAUUUGACAUGUCUGUGGAAGGUUAUGGCUGUCUCUUUACUCCAACCUUGUCUACGGUCAUGGGCACCAGCACAGAGCACUCCAUCUCUGGAGGGACUGGAUCAGGUACCCCCAGGCCAUUCCCUCCACCUGGAGGCCUCACCUUCUCCUGCUGGUUUCUGAUCAGCCGGCUUGCCACUGUCAUGGAGGGCCACCCCCUACGCUUUCUAACCCUGGUGCGCCACCUGGCCAGGACUGAGCAGCCCUUUGUCUGCUUCUCCGUCAGCCUCUGCAUGGAUGACCUCUCCUUGGUCGUGUCCACAGAAGAGAAGGAAUUUCAGCCUCUGGAUGUCAUGGAGCCUGAAGAUGAGGCAGAGCCCUCUGCAGGGCGCCAGCUGCAGGUCAGGUGCAGCCAGCUGCUGACGUGUGGCCAGUGGUAUCAUCUGGCUGUGGUGGUCAGCAAAGAAAUGAAAAGGAAUUGCACUGUUACCACGUAUCUGGAUGGACAAGCUAUUGGUUCAGCCAAGAUGCUGUAUGUUCAGGCCUUACCAGGGCCUUUCCUUUCAAUGGAUCCAUCUUCAUUUGUGGAUGUUUAUGGCUACAUUGGGACCCCUAGAGUUUGGAAACAAAAGUCCUCAUUAAUCUGGCGUCUUGGCCCCGCGUAUCUCUUUGAAGAAGAUAUAUCAGUGGACACUUUAGCACUUAUCAUCAAACUUGGCCCGAGGUACUGUGGCAACUUUCAAGCUGUGCACCUUCAAGGAGAAGACCCGGAUGGUGAAGCCACACCCCUCAUUGUGGAGGAAAGGGUUUCCUUUGGCCUUCACGUGUCCAGCUCUUCUAUCACCAGCAUACUGAACAUCAGAAACACCUACAAUGAGGUGGACAGCCGCCUAAUCGCCAAGGAGAUGAAUAUUUCCUCUCGUGACAAUACCACACCUGUGUUCUUGCUGAGAAAUUGUGCUGGACACCUCUCAGGGUCUCUUCGGACCCUCGGUGCUGUUGCUGUGGGCCAGUUAGGGGUGAGGGUGUUCCACUCCAGCCCUGCUGCCAGUAGCCUGGACUACAUUGGAGGACCUGCCAUCCUCUUGGGUCUCAUCUCCCUGGCAACAGAUGAUCACACCAUGUAUGCAGCUAUGAAAGUCCUGCACUCGGUUCUGACCAGUAAUGCUAUGUGUGACCACCUGAUGCAGCACAUCGGUGGGUACCAGAUCUUAGCCUUUCUCCUGAGGAAGAAGACGCCCUUCCUAAACCAUCGCAUCUUCCAGCUGAUCCUCUCAGUGGCUGGCACCGCAGAGCUGGGUUUCCGACCAUCUGCUGUCACUAACACGUGUGUCUUCCGGCAUGUGCUCUGCAAUUUUGAGCUCUGGACAAACACUGUAGACAACCUGGAGCUUGCUCUCUUUUCCCAUCUCCUGGAGAUUCUUCAGUCACCAAGGGAAGGACCGAGGAAUGCUGAAGUAGCCCACCAGGCACAGCUGGUACCCAAGCUCAUAUUCCUCUUCAAUGAGCCAAGCCUGGCCCUGUCCAAGGUCUCCACCAUCAUUGCCAUUCUGGGCUGUCAGCUGAAGGGUCACUUCAACAUCCAGGACUUACUCAGGGUUGGACUGUUUGUCAUAUACACCCUCAAGCCUUCAUCAGUGAAUGAGAGGCAGAUCUGCCUGGAUGGAUCCCAAGACCCUUCCAUACCUGCUGGAAGCCAAACAUCUGGGAAGGCAGUCUGGCUUAGAAACCAGUUGCUGGAGAUGCUGUUUGGUGUAAUAUCUUCGUCCCAGCUUCAUCUGUCCUCUGAGUCAAAGGAACAGGUGUUUCUGAACCUGGGGCCCGACUGGUUCCUGCUGCUCCUGCAGGGUCACCUGCAUCCCAGUACCACCACACUGGCAUUGAAGCUGCUUCUGUACUUCCUGUCAAACCCUUCUCUCCGUGGGCGAUUUAGAGAUGGCCUGUCUGCUGGAUGUUGGGUGGAAUGCAGCAUGGAGGGUGUGGACAUUAUGAUGGACAACCUGAAGAGCCGCCCUGCAGUGCCUGACCAGAGCCCCUGCCUGCUCCCUGGGUUCCGGGUCUUGAAUGACUUUCUGGCCUACCAUGUUCUUAUUCCGGAAGUGUACCUCAUCGUGUGCUCCUUCUUCCUCCAGACACCACUUACAGAGCUGACUGAUGGGCCCAGAGAGAGCUUGGAUUCAAUGCUUCAGUGGCUUCUACAGAAAUAUCGUCAGCAAGAAGUCCUCCAGGCUGGGCUGUGCACAGAGGGUGCCUUGCUGCUACUGGGAAUGCUAAGAGCCGUCAUGAGCCAGCCCCCUGCAGGUUCUGGAGAUAACGCCUGGGAGCAGACACUGCCCAGCACUAUUCUUCAGUUCCUCAGCCUGGUGCACCGCUCCUGCCCCCAGGACCCAGCAUGGAGGACCCCUGACUUCCUUCAGACCUUGGCCAUCAUCACUUUCCCCCCAGAAGCCCAGAAGGAGUCAAUGUCUGAAUCUUCUAGAAACAUCAGCAGUCCUGGGGCCUCUGCUGAGUCCAGCAGUACUACAGAGGAGUUCCAGGCUUCUUUCAAGUCACAUCCAGCUCGGAGGCAGCUGAGAGAGUUCAUGCAAGUCCUCCUGAGGGAGCUGCUGCUUGGAGUGUCCAGCCCUAAGCAGUGGCUACCCUUGGAGGUGCUCCUGGAGGCUUCUCCAGAUGGUGUCACCUGUCAGCAGAAGAGGGACUUCCAGUCCGAGGUCCUACUUUCCACCAUGGACAUAUUCUACGUCACAAGAGGGGAUAGCAUGCUGACUCUAAGAGGAAGUCAGGAGCCUCAGCCAAAGCCGGAAGCUGCCGUUGCUCCUUCCCUUGCAAACAUUUCCUACUUCACUCAGAAGCUGGUGGAGAAGCUGUACAGCGGGAUGUUCUCGGCAGAUCCCAGGCACAUCCUCCUCUUCAUCAUAGAGCACAUUGUAGUGGUCAUCGAGAACCCAUCUUCCCAAAGGGACACUGCCGUGAGCGCUUUAUACAGCAGUUUGAACAAAGUUGUCCUGCACUGCCUCUCCAAGCCCCAGCAGUCCCUGUCUGAGUGCCUUGGCCUCCUCCGGAUCCUGGACUUCCUCCAGGAGCACUGGGACAUUAUCUUUGCCACUUACAAUUCCAACGUCAACUUCCUCCUGUGCCUCAUGCAUUGUCUUCUGCUGCUGAAUGCAAGGAGUUAUCCAGAAGGAUUUGGAUUGGAGCCCAAGCCCAGAAUCACUCCUUAUCAUCAAGUCUUCCUUUCGCCAAAUGAAGAAGAGAAAGGCAGAAAGGAGGAAGGCCUCCCAAGUUUGAGUGAUGUCCAGAACAACAUCCAGAAGUCAUUGCGGGCACUCUGGCAGAAGCUGGUGGCACAGAGGCGACAGACCCUGGAGGAUGCCUUCAAGAUCGAUCUUUCUGUGAAGGCUGGGGAGAGCGAAGUAAAGAUUGAAGAGGUCACCCCACUCUGGGAGGAGACGAUGCUCAGAGCCUGGCAGCAUUACUUAGCAUCUGAGAAGAAGUCACUGGCCAGUCGCUCAAAUGUCACGUCCCACAGCAAAGUGACUUCGUGGAGUGGCAGUCUGUCCUCUGCCAUGAGACUGAUGCCAGGGCGGCCGGUGAAGGACCCUGAGUGCAGGGCAGAGGAUUUUGUGUCCUGUAUAGAGAAUUACAGAAGAAAAGGACAGGAGCUGUAUGCAUCUCUCUACAGAGACUAUGUGCAGAGGCGGAAAAGUAGCAGCAUCAAGGCAGCCGUGGCCUGGGCCAGGAUUCGGGAACAGCUCUUUGGGGAGCUGGGAUUGUGGGGCCCAGUGACAAAAUCCACACCCUGCUCCCAGUGGGAACUGGACAGGAGGGAAGGACCAGCUCGAAUGAGGAAGCGCAUCAGACGCUUGUUUUCAUGGGAGGCCCUGAACCAAGGAGGGUGUAAGGAGAUCCAAGACAGAACGGGUGUUGUUUCUCAGAUAAAUGCUAAAAACCAAGAUGAGCUGACAUCAGAGGAAGCUGAGAUCAGGCCGGACGAGGUGGGGGUGGAUUGUACACAACUGACCUUCUUUCCUGCUCUGCAUGAAAGUCUGCACUCAGAAGAUUUCUUGGAAUUAUGCCGGGAAAGACAAGUCAUUUUACAAGAGCUUCUGGAUGGAGAAAAGGUGUCCCAGAAGGUCCCCCUGGUGAUUGUGCAGGGCCACCUGGUCUCAGAAGGGAUCCUGCUCUUUGGCCAGCAACACUUCUAUAUCUGUGAGAAUUUUACUCUGUCUCCCACAGGCGAUGUCUACUGCACCCGCCACUGCUUAUCCAACAUCAGCGACCCCUUCAUUUUCAACAUGUGCAGCAAAGACAGGUCCUCUGACCACCACUCCUGCCAGCGCCAUGCCUACAGUGACCUCACAGAGCUUCGGCAGGCCCGCUUUCUCCUGCAGGACAUCGCCCUGGAGAUCUUUUUCCAAAAUGGGUAUUCCAAGCUGCUAGUGUUCUACAAUAACGACCGGAGUAAAGCCGUCAAGAGCUUUUGCACUUUCCAACCCAGCUUGAAAGGAAAAGGCAACACGGAGGACCCGUUCAACCUCAGGAGACACCUGGGCUUCGAUAGGACCAUGAUGCAGAGGUGGCAGAAAAGGGAGCUCAGCAAUUUUGAAUACCUCAUGUACCUCAACACCCUGGCUGGAAGGACCUACAAUGACUACAUGCAGUAUCCCGUGUUUCCCUGGGUCCUCGCUGACUACACCUCAGAGAUGUUGAACUUGACAAAUCCCAAGACUUUCCGGGAUCUUUCGAAGCCAAUGGGGGCUCAGACCAAGGAAAGGAAGUUGAAAUUUACCCAGAGGUUUAAAGAAGUUGAAAAGAUUGAAGGAGACAUGACCGUCCAGUGCCACUACUACACUCACUAUUCCUCAGCCAUCAUUGUCGCUUCCUACUUGGUCCGGAUGCCGCCCUUCACACAGGCCUUCUGCUCCUUACAGGGUGGAAGCUUUGAUGUGGCUGAUAGAAUGUUCCACAGUGUGAAGAGCACAUGGGAGUCUGCCUCCAAGGAGAACAUGAGUGACGUCAGGGAGCUGACACCUGAAUUCUUCUACCUGCCCGAGUUCUUAACCAACUGUAAUGCAGUGGAGUUUGGAUGCAUGCAGGAUGGAACAACACUGGGAGACGUGCAGCUCCCUCCCUGGGCUGAUGGGGACCCACGGAAAUUUAUCAGUCUGCACAGACAGGCUCUGGAAAGCGACUUUGUCAGUAACAACCUCCACCACUGGAUAGACCUAAUUUUUGGGUAUAAGCAGCAGGGGCCAGCUGCUGUAGAGGCAGUGAACACUUUCCAUCCCUACUUCUAUGGUGACAGAAUCGACCUCACCAGCAUCAGUGACCCCUUGAUCAAGAGCACCAUCCUGGGGUUCAUCAGCAACUUUGGACAGGUACCCAAGCAGAUCUUCACCAAACCCCACCCAUCCAGGAACACCACAGGGAAACCUCCAGUGCCUGGAAAGGAUACCUCCACCCCCGCUGGCCUUCCAGGCCACUCACAGUCCUUCCUCCACAACCUGCCAGCACUAAGACCUUCUCAAGUCACAGUCAAAGAUAUGUACCUUUUCUCUCUAGGGUCCGAGUCCCCCAAGGGGGCCAUUGGCCACAUUGUCCCAACCGAGAAGACCAUCUUGGCGGUGGAGAAGAACAAAAUGCUGCUGCCUCCUCUCUGGAACAGGACCUUCAGCUGGGGCUUUGAUGACUUCAGUUGUUGCCUGGGGAACUACGGCUCUGACAAGAUCCUGAUGACAUUUGAGAACCUGGCUGCCUGGGGCCCCUGUCUGUGCGCUGUGUGCCCAUCCCCUACAAUGAUCAUCACCUCUGGGGCCAGCACAGUGGUGUGUGUGUGGGAGCUCAGCCUGGUCAAAGGUCGCCCGAGAGGCUUGCACCUCCGGCAGGCCUUGUAUGGACACACCCAGGCUGUCACAUGCCUGGCAGCCUCAGUCACCUUCAGCCUCCUGGUGAGUGGCUCCCAGGAUCGCACUUGUACACUAUGGGACCUGGACCACCUCUCUCGAGUGGCCUGCCUGCCUGUCCACCGGGAAGGGAUCUCAGCCGUUGCCAUCAGUGAUGUUUCGGGCACCAUUGUUUCCUGUGCUGGAGCUCAUUUGUCCCUGUGGGAUGUCAAUGGACAGCCCCUAGCCAGUAUUACCACAGCCUGGGGCCCAGAAGGAACCAUAACAUGCUGCUGCAUAGUAGAGGGGACAGCGUGGGAUGCGAACCACGUCAUCAUCACAGGGAGUCAGGAUGGCAUGGUUCGGAUUUGGAAGACAGAAGAUGUGAAGAUGUCUGUUCCCAAGACGGCAGUGUCAGAGGAGCCCUCCACUGAACCUCUCAGCCCCAGAGGGCACAAGUGGGCCAAGAACCUUGCCCUGAGCCGAGAGCUGGAUGUCAGUGUUGCUUUGAGCGGCAAGCCUAGCAAAUCAAACCCUGCUGUGACGGCUCUGGCCAUAACUAGAAACCAGACCAAGCUCUUGGUUGGCGACGAGAAGGGGAGAAUCUUCUGCUGGUCAGCGGAUGGGUAGGAGGAAGCAAGGGCUGGAGGCACCGCCAUUACAGCUGGGUGUUCCCGGGAUCUGCAGCAACAGGCUGUAGGCGUCAAGGUGAUGUGCAGCCCCGGCUCUAUACCCAGAGCAAGCUUCUGGGGGCUCUCUUCCCCACAGUUCUCAAGGAAUCCCUGAUGUUUGCAUGGUGUACCCCCAAACAUCUCUGCAGUCCACACGACUUCAUUAUAAAGGAUUCUGGUAGACAUUUAUGCUGGAAACUGACCUGCUAGUGAUAAGUUGCAUAGAAAAUUUACAUGUGACUCAUCUUAUCAAGGGUUAUCAUACUGGAAACAAAAAGGAAGGGGUAUUGGUUCAUGGAACUCACCCCUGUUGU